CGGGUGAUGGUGGACCUCUGCAACAGCACGAAAGGCAUCUGUCUGACAGGACCACCUGGCCCACCAGGCCCUCCAGGAGUAGAUGGGCUGCCGGGACACAAUGGAUCGGAUGGACCGCCUGGUGCCGAGGGCCCCAGAGGCGAAAAAGGAGCCAACGGGAAGAGAGGAAAAAUGGGGCUACCAGGAGCCACAGGAAAUCCAGGGGAAAAGGGCGAGAAGGGAGACCCUGGGGAGCUGGGCUCACCUGGAAAUGAGGGCCCACCAGGGCAGAAGGGCGAGAAAGGAGACAAAGGAGACGUGUCCAACGAUGUCCUGCCAGCAGGUGCCAAAGGUGACCAAGGCCCACCCGGCCCACCUGGACCUCCUGGGCCCCCAGGGCCUCCAGGGCCUCCUGGAAGGGGAAGAUCCAAAGGCCUUCGCCAGCCAAAUGUGUUCAAUGGCCAGUGUCCAGGUGAGACAUGUGCCAUACCAAAUGAUGAUACCUUGGAGGGCAAAGUUGAUGAGAAAGUCAGUGACCACCAGCCCCCGCAAGCAGAAUCUAUGAUCACAUCCAUUGGCAAUCCAACACGAGUACUAAAAGUGAAAGAGACAUUUGGAACUUGGAUCAGAGAGUCUGCUAAUAAGAGCGAUGACCGGAUUUGGGUAACUGAACACUUUUCAGGCAUCAUGGUAAAGGAGUUCAAAGAUGAGCCGGCACUUCUGAACGGCAGUUACUCGCUCAUCCACCUCCCUCAUUACUUCCAUGGCUGUGGGCAUGCUGUUCACAACAACUCACUCUACUACCACAAAGCGGGCUCCAACACCAUAGUGAGAUUUGAAUUUGGCAAGGAAACAUCCCAAACUCUGAAGCUUGAAAAUGCCUUGUAUUUUGAUCGAAAGUACCUUUUUGCGAAUUCCAAGACUUACUUCAACCUAGCUGUGGAUGAGAAGGGUCUCUGGAUUAUCUAUGCUUCCAGUGUGGACGGCUCAAACAUUCUUGUUGCCCAGCUGGAAGAGAAGACAUUCUCGGUGGUACAGCACAUCAACACCACCUACCCCAAAUCCAAGGCCGGCAAUGCCUUUGUGGCCCGAGGCAUCCUCUACGUCACUGACACCAAGGAUACGAGGAUUACAUUCGCCUUUGAUUUGCUAGGAGGGAAACAGAUCAAUGCAAACUUCGCGCUAAGGACUUCCCAGUCUGUUCUCGCCAUGCUGUCCUACAACAUGAGGGACCAGCGUUUGUACUCUUGGGAAGAUGGCCAGUUAAUGCUCUAUCCUGUGCACUUUCUGUCGGCGACAUUACACCAGUGAUG